GGAGAGAGAGGGAGAAAGAAAAACACACAGGACCUGUUGAUACCACAGCCAUGACUUACAGAAAGGAUUGUAUGCUGGAUUUUAACACCUGGAGUUGAUGACUCUUAUUUAUGUUUUGUCUGGUGCCUGAAUGCUGUCACUGGGCAGAAUGCACUCCAGAGCAAAAUCCCGGAGUUGUGACAACUACCUGAGUAUUAAGGACGCUGAGUCUUUGGACAACUGUAUCCAGAGCACUUUGUCAGCCUUGUACCGACCCUUCAGUGCCACGGCUGCCACAGUCCUCUGGCAGCUCUUCAGCGUGGUGGAAAGGCAGUACAGAGGAGACGGCCUCCGCUGCUUCAUUGACUUCUUGCUCCCUGCCAAGAGGAUCCUGCAGAUUAUUCAACAAGAAACCUCUGUGAGGUUCAGAGGAUUGCUCCUCUAUCAUGAGGGCUGGCCUCUCUGCAUCCACGAUAAAGUCGUCCUGCAGAUCUGUCCUCUGCACAAAGUGCGACUAAAGCAAGGAGACUUUUACCUACAAGUAGUUCCUUUAGGCCGCAAGAGCGCUAAGCUUGUGAUAAAAUGUUUGUCAGCCAGUGGGCAGGCCAUCACAGAAAUCCCCAUCACAGAGAGCAUGUAUGGCAGCAUCUUCACCGCUGAGUUCCUGCAGAAUGUAACACGAGACCGUAACCUACACCCACUACAGAACUGUCUGCUCACCACUGGUACGGCCGUUUACAGGACGCCGUGGAAGAACGUGGUCAACCCACUUUUUGUCAGCAGCACGUCAGACGGCAUCAUGCAAGCGCGAUGCAGCAGAGGCGGAUUCCGCGGCCAGCUCAGCACCUGCAGCACAAGUGGAUCAACGGGGACUCUGGACAGCCACCGCAGCUCUAGAGAGUCACUGCACUCUCAAGGAGACUCCAUCUUCUCUGAGCCUGUCUCUCCAAACAGACAUCACAUGGAUACAGGCAGAGAGACCCACAGUGCGACGCCCCCAGACAAUGCUACACCUGUCAUUAAGAUUGAAGCACCCACUGAAGAGGGGAGUAUAACACAAGGGAGUGAGGAUAGUGGCGAAAGGGAACGAGGGUCCAAAAUGCUGUCUUUCAGCACAGAUCUCAGUAACCCAGGCCCUAGACGCCGCCUCCCACGGGAUUCUGUAACAUUUGAGAGCAGAAGACUCUUCAGGAAAUCUUACAUGGAGGCCCUGCAGAACCCAAUGACCCUUGGCUCCAGCUCUGAAUCAAUUUUGGAGGAAAACCCAGAGCACAGUGCUGGGCUAAGAGAGAGGACAGUGACACCAGGAAGCAGCCCUGACACCCGGACGCCCUCUAGAGAUCACUUAUCUUGGAGACUGGGUAGCCGGAGCUGGCUAAGCGGUGACGACUCCAGGCCCAGCACACCUUUACUUUACUUACAGAGGGGGCUAAGGAGUGCAGAGAGGCGGGCAGAAAGACGCUCGAAGUCACUGGAAAGGACUAACAAAGCAGGACAGGUUAAAGCUCACAGAGAACGGUCUUCUUCUGGAGGCUCGACCAGUAUCUCACCCAAAAAACUAAUGAACGGAUACGCUCUUCGCUUUGGGAAGCUGGAUAUCGAGGCAGCUUUUCCUGGGUCUGAGAGGAGAAGCAGCAAAGAAGAGUCAGGCCAGCGGGAAGACACCAUCAACAGUGAGAUAAGGAGUCACAGACGCAGUGGAGAGGAGUCACACAGUCCUAAAGCUGCUAAUGGGUCAGCCAUCAGACUGGCAUCAAGCUCUUCCUAUGAGAGUUUCACAGUGCUACCUAAACUGAUGUCUGAAGUCAAUGAAGAGCUGCUGACAUCGGGCGCUGUGAUUCUACCAGGAAACAGAGAUCGCAGUGGGAGGGCGGUGCUGCAGGUGUGCACGAGAGCUCAAGUGUGGGCCGGUGAGAGCUGCAUGGUCAGUGACCUCACCUGUUUACUGGGCUACUACUACUCAACACUGCGGAAAGAAAGGCGUGAUCAGGGUCUGUCUGUUGUCAUAGACAGCAGGAGGCAGCAGCCGGUCCCAGCUCUGUUGUCAUCUCUGUCUGAAUUGCAGAUGUUAGUACCAAAUGCACUUUACACGGUUUUCUUUCUGGUGGACAAGGAGGCAGCAGCCAAAUCAGAGAGAGACAUCAAUGUACAGACUGAGACACUGUCCUCUCUGAAAUCCCUGCUCAAGCACAUUGAUCAAACACAACUGACACGAGACCUGGAGGGAACCUUCCACUACGAUCAUGACCACUGGAUCCACUUCAGACAGAAAAUCGAACCGUUCUCCAGCAGUUGUAGGGCAGCCAUCUCAUCAUUACAGGAGUCUAUAAGCACGCUGAGCAACAGUGGCGACCUGAAGACCUCUGAGGAGGUGUCCAAGGUGAUGGAGCAGCAAAGGCAUCUCAUGAAGUGUGUGCUAGAUGACUCUCGUCUAAACAGACUCAGACUAGAGGGAGGAACUGUCCUGGCCCGCAUCAGGAAGGAAGAGGCCUGUGAGAAUGAAAACUACAGAGAUGCUGUAGACAUGUUGAAUGCACUGUACAACCAAGUAGAUGAAGAAGUCCAUAAGCUUGUGAUCCUGUCCAACAAGUCUCAGAGAGAGUUGGAGAGUCUGCUGGAGGUGCGCAAGUUUGAGGAGCAAACACAACAGAUCAAACUCUGGUUCAGCAGAGAAGGAGAGAAGCAACUCAUACCUUUUGAGUCGCUAACUCUGUCUCUGGCCAAAAUCAAGGAGAUGAGGGAGAGCCUGAACCAGUUUAUGGAGGACUCUGUGCACCAGCAGAGACAUGGCUUACAGCUGGUAAAAGAGUCUCCAGAGUCCCUUCCUGGUUCUGCUCUCCUUGACUUUAAGCAACAUCUUGGCUCCAUUUUGGGAAGAGUGGAGAGGAGGAAGGCCCAACUGGACAUCCUAGCCAACCUUUAUGAGUUCUAUGACUCUGUGAACCAGUGGAUGGAGCACUGCCAGGAUUAUUUCCGUCAGCUGAAUCUGGACAGUACAGAUGUCACUUUGCCCUCAUCUGUGGUGCAGAUCUUGCAGGAUUACUGCACUGAAGCAUCCAAGUUCUCUGUGGAUAACUUCAGUACCCUCAAUGACAUGGUGCUGUCUCUGGAGAGUCCUCAGCAGCUGCAGCAGUGGAACACAGUGUGGCACAAAUGUCAGCAGACCAAACAGCAGUUGGAGGAGACUUUGGCCCGAGCCAUGAUGGAAGAAAAGCACUGUACAGAUGCUGAUAGCACAGCUCCUCUAAAGACCCCUAAAAAGCAGAUGGCAGCUGAAGAGCAGCAUGGAGCUGAUGUGCUUUUACCUGGUGCAGUUACGCCAUUAAGUUUUGAGGACGAUAAGCCUCAAAAAAGCCCCUCCAGCUCCAUCUGCUCCUCCACACGCUUCACUUUCCCGAAUGACUGUGACAGUAAACUGAGGCACAGUCCGUCCAUGUUUGAGGACACAGAUAGUGACUGCACCAUAGACUCCACUAUCUCCUGCCACUCAGAGCCUGUCUACUCGGGGGCCGCCCGCCUUCGCAAGCAGCCCAUGAAGAAAAUCAUGAAGAAGACGAUGAGCUACGAGCUGACCCCGAGAGACAGUGGUCACUCAGAUGUCAGCCACAUUCACGGCUACACGGGUGUUUACAUCAAAGGUUUGGAGGUGGUAAACAACGUAUCUGCUGAGAAAAAGCUACAGAGACCUGAUGUGAUGAGUCCUGCAUUAGGACGCAGCCGCAGCAUGUCUACGCCUACCAGGAUUCACAACAGACGCAGUGAUGGGGACGGAAAGAAGCAGAGCAGUAAAGUGCAGCACAUCAUGGAUGAGAUGAUUUCCACAGAGAGGGAGUAUGUCCGCUCCCUCAGCUACAUCAUUGAGCACUAUUUCCCAGAGAUGGAGCGCCUCGACCUGCCACAGGACCUGCGGGGGAAGCGGAGCAUAAUUUUCGGGAACGUGGAGAAACUUUGGGACUUCCACAGUCAGUACUUCCUGAAGGAUCUGGAGUCGUGUGCUCACUCUCCUCUGUCCAUCAGCAGCUGUUUUCUCAGACAUGAGGAUCAGUUUGGAAUGUAUGCUCUGUACAGCAAGAAUAAGCCACAGUCCGACACUCUGCUCUGUAGCCAUGGCAACGAAUUCUUUAAGAAUAAGCAGAUGGAGCUUGGGGACAAAAUGGACUUGGCGUCGUACCUGCUGAAGCCGAUCCAGAGGAUGAGCAAAUAUGCCCUGCUGCUCAAAGACCUGAUCAAGGAGUGCAGUCAGACCCAGGAACAGGAACUGAGUGACCUCCGCACUGCAGAGGAGAUGGUCAAGUUUCAGCUCCGCCAUGGCAAUGACCUGCUGGCUAUGGAUGCCAUUCGUGGCUGUGAUGUGAACCUAAAGGAGCAGGGUCAACUCCGCUGCCAGGAUGAGUUCAUCGUAUGGUGUGGACGCAGGAAAUACCUCCGCCAUGUCUUCUUGUUUGAAGACCUCAUCCUCUUCAGCAAGACCAAGAAGAUCGAAGGAGGAUAUGACAUUUACAUCUACAAACAGUCCUUCAAAACAGCAGAGAUUGGUAUGACUGAAAGCGUUGGGGACAGCGGUUUACGUUUUGAGAUUUGGUUCCGUCGGAGGAAGUCACAGGAUACUUUUAUACUACAAGCCAGCUCAGCAGAGGUCAAGGCAGUGUGGACAGCCAUCAUAGGGAAGAUUCUGUGGAGGCAGGCACUCAGAAACAGAGAGUUGCGAAUGCAGGAGAUGGUUUCCAUGGGGAUCGGAAGCAAACCUUUCAUGGACAUCAAGCCAAGUGAUGCUGCUAUCAGCGACAGAGCCAUUGACUAUAUCAUGAAGGGGUCAGAAUCAAGAAGCAGAGCAUCCAUCGCGGUGCCCUCACUUGAACACGUCACCUCCUUCAAGAGACCUCACUCAACCAUCUCCAACAGCAGCACAUCCUCCUCCUCCAGCCAGUCAUCCUCCUCCCUGCUGGGGUCGCUCAAUCUUCACCUUUAUUCUUCACCCUCUCACCCCCAUGCACACCCAUACCCGAUGAGCGGCGUUCCCUCCUUUGCUCAGUGGCCCUACGACUGCAUAGAGGAGGACGAACUGGAGCAAGACAGCGGGAGCCAGCCCUCCAUGAUCACUGAGAGCUCAGAGACGUCCUCUCAGUGCACCUCCAGUGACAGUGUGACUAGACUGAGUACCCUCACCAUACCGGGCCACCCCGGUAUCGUCAUGGACUCCUUCAACAACAAUGACCCUCCUUCCUUCCUGUGCUCCUCCACUCCCCCCUCCUCCAUCGUAUCAGCCUCGAUGUUUCAGAAAGAAGAGGAGCUUCAGCCGCAGGGCACCAAGUUCAUCACAGCAAGCAACACGUCUCUUAUAGCAGUCGGCCUCUCUACAGUGGUCUGACUCUGAGCUGAGGGCUUUUAGCUCACUGUGAAGACCACCAGCUGAAAGCAAUGUGAUGUUGCAGUCAAAGAGAUGGAAACAAAGGAGUCCAGUGUCCAAGCACUAAGAAUUUAAUGGAAGAAGCACAAUAGACAUGACAUUUGUUUCUAUACAU